GGUUUUUUUUUUUAAAGAGGAGCAAGAUUUUUUUUCUCGCCGCCCCUCGGUGAGCCGGUCUUUCUCCUCUCGCUGUUGGAGUCCACCAGCGUCACCUGGGCCCGCCUCGGCUGGUCUUCCUCCUUCUGCCCUUGAGAAGCUGGUCCCGUCCUUGCCCCCCUGGGAGGAACAGGUGAUAUCCCUCAUCAUUGGAGGGUCGGUGAAGUUCCUCAGUGGGAUCUCAAUGCUCUCCAACAGAUUUUCCAUCUGCCGGCAGAUAGAACGCGUUCUGGGGGAGCGCCCAGAUCUGCUCCUCCUGCCAGGCCAUCAGCUGCUCCACCGGUUUGUGCAGAGGGUUUUGGGAGAGUCAUCUGGUACCAACCCUCCCACCCCUUCUGCUCCUCCUGCGACGGUUGUUCGGGUUCCUGUUCCAGUGCUUCCUGAGCCAGUGUUUCUGGUUCCAGUGUUGGUGGUUCCAGUUCUGGUGGUUCCUGAGCUGGUGGUUUCUGAGCCAGUUGUUCCUGUUCCGGUGGUUCCACAGCCAGUGGUUCUACAAUUGGAGGUCCCGGUGGUUCCACAGUUGGUGGUCCCGAUGUCUCCGGUGUUGGCGAGCCCCUAGUCGGCACUCUCUGAGGUUCGUGAGUCGGCUGCCGGCGCCUCAACGACAUCUGGAUCGGCUGCCGUUGCUUCCACGUCGCCCAUUGCCUGGCUCAUUGCCCAUCACCUCCUCAUCGCCUGGUUCGGCUGCCGUCGCCUCCAUGUCGUCAAGUCGUCGCCUCUUCGUCCCCUCUGUCGCCUGUGUUCGCCGUCGCCAAGGCUCUGGCUCCAUCAACCUCCGACGGCUCCUCAUCGCCUCCUGCCUCCUCCCUUGGCUCCUUGUCUGCUCCCGCCUCCUCCUGGGGCUCAAUGUCUGCUUCUGUGGGGCCUCGCCAUGGAGGGUUCCCUGGCCGUCCCCCUGAACUUUCAUGUCUUGUCUUCAAGUUCUGUCUUGUCACGUCUCCCCUUGUCCCGUGCCUCUCCUUGUUGAUCGUCUGGUGACGAUCGUUAAGAGGGAGGUACUGUCAUGGUUUGUCAUUUUAGGCCUUGGUUUUUCCUAGUGUUUCUAUGUUCCCGUGUGUCUCAGCUCAGCUGCCCCACUUCACAUUGCUGAUUACCCUUGUAUUUCUCCCCAGGUGUUGUCUGUUCCCUCAUUAGGUUUCUGUGUAUUUAAGCUCAGUCUUGUCUCUGUCUCAUUGUCGGAUCAUUGUUCUGUCUACCUGGUCGUGUC